AUGCGCGCUCAAUGGGAGCUCGGUGUCAUCGCGGAAGCACAGCUUGAGGUGCAGACGCCCUCGCUAACUGCAUGGGCAAAGGGGAGUAUUCCAGUCCCCGUGAGCCCCGAGAUCCCGGUCGAGGUGUACGAAAUCACAAAGAAAGUAGUGGAUGCCAAGCCUGCGAACCUGACUGAGCUUAUCCUGGAUGGUGGAGCGGGCGACCCAGCUUCUCUCGCACUCGUGGACCUGCUCUUCAACUCGCGUCUGGACAACGAGAUGUGGGCUACGACAGCCGACCAGGAAAUCGAGUAUCUCUACAAUGAGGUGCCGCAGACGGAGGAUGGCGGGAUUUCGCAUCGUCACGAGCAGGCGGACUUUGUCUACACGGCGCCGCCGUUCAUUGCCUACUACGGUGCCGUUUCCGGCGUCAGCGACGCCGCCGAUUAUCUACGCAACGCGCCGCCUCAGUGUGCAGUUUACCGCGAAGUUCUCUACGACGCUGACGGCACCGGCAACGGUUGGGCUGCUCUUGGUAUGGUGCGCACUCUCACGACCAUCCAAGCCUCGGAGAACGCGGACGAGCUCAAGAGCGGGCAGCAGGAUCUCAUCGACUGGGUGGAUGAGAUCUUGAUUGGCGGCUGGGUGUGGCAAAAGGCCAACGGCACGCUCUACAGCACCAUUGGCGGCGACGACUUCGCCGACACGUCGGGCACCGCCGCAAUCGCUGCCGCGAUGUACCGCCUUGCACGCAUCACCGGCAAUCCUAUCCACAUCCCCGCCGCCGAGCGCGCGUACGAGUUGAUCGCCGCUAGCGUCAAUCAGCUGGUUGCAGGGCAUGGUCAACCCGCAGACAUCCAGUACUCAGACUGCGCCUGA